UUAUUUUUUUCACUAAAAUUAAUGUCAUCGUUAUUCAUAGGCCGUAUAUACAGUUCUUGUGCUUGUUGGACUGUGUGCCAUGCCAGGAAGUGGAAAAUGUAAGACAGAGGAAGUAGAGAAAUGUUCAAGCUUGGACCCACCAGAGGGCUGUUUUUGCAAGAUGUGCAUAUCAUGCCCAGAAGGAUUUGGGCCAACUCGCCCAUGUGGUGGAAGAUACUCGACUGGUACCAUAAUAAAGUGCAAACCCUGCCCCAAUGGUGUUAGCUAUUCUAAGGAACACAGCAUCGCCUCCUGUGAACCAUGUCAUCAGUGUGAUGGCAGAGAAACCCUACGCAAGUGCACACCCAACAGUGAUACCAACUGUAGUACCAAGUGCAGAGUAGGGUACAUCAUGAGCCAUGCUGUGGAUGAAUGUGUUCAGGACCCCUCAUUCAAGACCACUCCUCGACAGAUAGAUACAGCAAACCUGACAACCCAAUUACCUGGGACUACAACCAGCCCCAAGAAUACACCAACAGAAGGCCAAAAAACUCAAAGGGAAACACAUGGAAACACAACUAAACAUACUGAUCCUGACACUUUAGGAAGGAAUGGGCAGCCAAAAAGCAAAGAUUCCAACCAUUCCAGGAAUAUCAUAAUUAUCUCAACAAUUAUUGCUGGAUGUGUGGUAGUGGGAUCAUUGGUGGUGACCUACUUCCUUAAGAAAAAGCAAAUGGCCUGCUUCCGUAAUAAUGCUAUGAAUCAAGAUGAGAAAAGAGCAUUGACCAAGAAUAGAGAUUCUCUAAAAUCUUCCCAAGAAGUCCUGUGGCUAUACAACUUACGUCUCGGUGAUGUUGAUGACGCCCUGCUUAGCGAUGUUGAAAACUUUAUCAGUUUAACCUCAAAAGUUCUCAAAGGCUGGCGUGCCAUUGGAAAAGAGAUAGGAUUAAAACAAACUGACUUACUAGCAAUUGAAGUUGCUGGUCAAAAGCAAGGUACAAAUCAGGGUGAGCAGCUAUUGAUAAACCUUAAAUCUUGCAAGCCAGAGUUAACACUCACAGAAUUUGUUACGAUCCUUGAUAAACUGGGGAGAAAAGAUGUUGUUGAAAUAAUCAAAGCUUAUUAUACAGGUGAAAAUGACAAAAAUGUAAAUAGUGCAAUUCAAAUACGUGAGACAAUAGUAUGAUGCACUCCAAAGAAAUAGUUCCCUAUUAUGCUAUUAGUAAUUAUACAGCUUCUCAUUAAUCCCUAUAGGUAACUGUCCAAUUAUUUUCUUAAUUGGACAGGUCUUGUUGAUAUGGGAUUAAUUAGGCAGCUAUAUAAUUAAUAGGUAAUGGGAUUUCAUAC